UUCUUUCGUUUCCGGCAAGGUGCGUAAUUUGUGCUCCGCGUUUUUGCAAACCUGAACCGAUUUUCGUUGCGACCGAUCCCAGCCGGCCAUGUGCGAUUAGAGACGCGCACUCCCACCGAGAAAAUAAUCAUAAAUCAGCUUACUUGUCACCCGCAGACCAUUUUCAAUAUGGAUAAUUCAGGCAAUAACCGCUACGAGCUGUUGUUCAUGGACGACGAUGCCCCGCCACAGAUUCCUGUUGCAGCCGUAACCGCUGCGCCGGCCAAGAAACCGGAGGCAUCGGCUCCCAAGGCGCCGAAGAGCAAGCCGGAGAAGGAGAACAAGCCGGUGGGUGCUGCUGCGGCCAAGAAGGCAAAUAAUGCGGUUUCCAAGACCGCCGGCGGCACCAGUCCAGUGAAGGGAGGCAAGGCGGGUCCGCCUCCGCGAAAUGCUAACGCUCCUGCCGGAAACGGCGAGAGGAACUUCAAUGCCAGAAGCAACAAUAACAACAAUCAGCGCAAUUUCGGCGGCAACCGGGAUGCCGGAGAGUUCGGCAACGAGCUGCCGCAGCGCCAGUUCAACAAUCGUGAUAACAGGGGACCACCACGCGUCCGCGCCGGCGAGAAAUUCGGCAAGCGCGAGUUCGAUCGCCAGUCGGGAUCCGAUAAAACCGGCGUCAAGGCCAUCGAUAAGCGCGAAGGCGGUGGUGCCCACAACUGGGGAUCCCCGAAGCAGGACAUUGAGGAUCAGAAGACCGGGGAAUCAGCGCCGCAGGCGGACAAAGAGGACUCGGCAAACGAACAGUCGGCUGAUCCCGCUGCCGUUGCAGAGGAGGACGAGUCCAAGCAGAUGACCCUUGACGAAUGGAAGGCCUUGCGGGACCAGCGCGCCAAGCCCAACUACAACUUGCGCAAGGCUGGCGAGGGCGUCGAGAAUCCGGAAUGGAAAAAGAUGGUUGUUUUGAGCAAGAAAAAGGAGAGCAAUAGCGAGGAUGAGAUGGAGUACGAUCCGUCGCUGUAUCCGCAGCGCGUGGGUCGCCUCCAGCGAAUCGUCGACAUUCAGUUUAACUUCAAUGAUGGACGCAAGGCCGGUGGCUUCCGCAAGGGACCGCGCCCGGGUGUUGGUGGUCCUCGCGAAGGAGGUUUCCGCAACGACGGACCUCGCGAAGGAGGAUUCCGCAACGACGGACCCCGCGAGGGAGGUUAUCGCAACGACGGACCCCGUGAAGGAGGUUAUCGCAACGAUGGUCCUCGCGGUAACGGCCCGCGCUACAACUCGGGGGCCAGCAACGGCUAUGACAGGCAGGACAACAACAAUAGAAUCGGAGAGAAGCGCCGCUCGGGCCAGAAGCCCCUGAAGGUCGACGAUGAAGCUCAGUUCCCCACUCUGUGCUAGGAACGGCGACGGAGACAGAGACGGAGGAGAAUAAGGUUUAACAUUUUCACGUAUUACAUAAUUAGUAAGCAGCUCCGGUUAACGAAUAACCUUUAGAUUUUCGGGCGUAAUCUAUGAAGCUUGACGACCGAUGAACGAAAUAAACAAAACAAACAAAUCA